UCAGACACUUGUCAGUGAUUAUAAAGUUCAAAACGGAAUUUACUUGUAUGAUUGAAACUUAAUUUAUUUCACAAAUAGUAGUUUUAAAUAGUUAUUUAAAUAUUCCCUUACAUAUAAGUGAUGGAUUCUAACAAACGCAAGCAAAUGGCAGAUGAUAAAGUUGCGAAAAGAGUGAAGAAAGCUUGUGAUUACGGCGAGAACUGUUACAGGAGGAAUCCGGCACACUUCAGGGAAUUUAGCCAUCCGCAUUUAGAAACUAUCCUCGACGCACACAAUGGCAGCGGUCCAUAUCCCAUCCCAGACAAGUACAGCCUUCAGAGGCACAUGAUUACGGAACAACUAGAUGUUAUUGUAGAGAAGAAGUUGUAUCAACCUGCAGAUAGUGCACAAAAUGAAGCUGAGAGCAGUUCAACACAAUCAAAUGUAAAGCAAGAAACAAAACCAACCAGUACUCAAGACACAAGUACUGUAACAAAAAUUUUAACCGUGCCAAAAGUAAAAGACAAGAAAGAUGAAAAAGAUACAGGAAAAGGAAGCAGAGAGAAGAGUAAAUCACCAAUCAGAACAGAUGUUAAAACAGACAAAAAGAAAGAUUCAGACUACCGUCCCAUAGUCCCGCCCACGCGUCGAGUCGAGAGCUACCUCAACGUGGUGCGGCCGAAGGGUCAGAUGGCCGCCAAACACGCCGCCAGCGCGCCCUACCACAUAUUCUACACCACCAUCACAGCUGCCAAGGAGACGCACUCGCAGCCAUACUCCAUCACAUUCCAAGAAAUAUUAGACCACAGCUUGGGCGAGUUGAAAUGCUCCUUACAAAUAAACUUCAUGGUGGAGAUUGGUUGGCUGCUCGCUCAGUAUUACUUCGCGGGGUACAGUGAAAAGAAGUUGACAAUACUGUACGGGGAGGACUGUUCGGACCUAAAGAAUAUAUCUAAGAAGAAGCCGCAGGUGGACGCGCAUCUGGUUACCAUGGCAACGCCGUUCGGGAAGCAUCACACAAAAAUGAUGUUGCUCUGCUACGAGGACGGUUCGCUCCGAGUCGUGAUCUCGACGGCCAACCUGUACAUCGACGACUGGGAGAACAGGACCCAGGGGCUCUGGUUCAGCCCGCGCUGCCCGGAGCUGCCCGCGGAGGCGAUGCCGUGCGACGGCGAGUCCCCGACCUUCUUCAAGAGGUCCCUGCUGCGGUACCUCAACCACUACCACAUGCCGCAGCUCGCCCACUACGUGGAGAGGGUCAAGAGAUGCGACUUCAGCCAUAUCAACGUGUUCCUAGUAGCGUCGGCCCCAGGCUCCCACUUCGACAUGGACUGGGCGCUGACCCGAGUGGGGUCGCUGCUGCGCCAACACUGCUGUGUACCCCCCGCGGAGCAGCGACACUGGACACUCCUCGCGCAGGCCAGCAGCCUCGGCAGCUACGGGAAGGAGCCCAAGUUGUGGCUGACGGGCGACUUCCUGCACUACUUCACGAAGAUAAGGAAUCAGUCGCAGAUGCUGUCCUCGCCGCCUGACCUCAAACUAGUGUAUCCUUCGUUAGAGAACGUGAAGCAGUCUCACGACGGGUUGCUGGGCGGCGGCUGCCUCCCCUACGCCGCGGAGGCGCACGCCAAACAACCCUGGCUCAACAACUACCUCUAUCAAUGGCGAGCAACGUCCACACAUCGUGACCGCGCGAUGCCUCACAUAAAGUCGUACACGCGCGUCUCCAGAGACCACAAGAGGGCUGCGUACUUCCUCCUGACCUCCGCCAACGUCAGCAAAGCGGCCUGGGGCUCCAUCAACAAGGGCAACGCAGCGCUCAGGGUCAUGAGCUACGAGGCUGGUGUGCUGCUGCUGCCGCGGUUCGUUAUAAACGAAGACUUCUUCCCCCUGGACGAAGGGAGGGGGAACGGCCUGGUGAUCCCUUACGAUAUCCCACCACAGAAGUACACGAGCGACAUGUCCCCGUGGGUGUCGGAUUAUUUAAUGUAGAACCAGUCAAGCAAAAUUAUGUUGAAUAUUUUUAUUAAAAUGUUUUGUGUA